AUGUAUCUGCGUGAGUUCACAGAAUUCUUUGUAGAUGAACUUACAUCAGAGAGUGAUUUGAAAGAAAUGAUGCAUUGUUACAUUGGACAACUUGGACUCGGAGCAAGAAAAAUAAAGGAUUUAGUGCAGUUCUAUUGCAAACUGAAAAAUGUUGACAGUUAUAGUCUUUGUGAUGGGACUGGAAAUAAACCACACUACAGUUUGCGGACAUUGUGCCGAGCUCUGACUGUUGCUGCAAAAAACCUGUGUGGGUCGGUGCCACGUUCUCUGUAUGAAGCCUUUUGUAUGAGCUUUUUAACGCAGCUGGACUAUAAUUCUCAUCCAGUUGUAGAGGGAGCUAUAAGAGAUGCUGUGCUGUCAGGUAAAAAAGACACUGGAAAUGAAUUAAACAGACAGUUGCCAGUACCUGCGAAAGAGAACUUGUAUGUUUGUGUUGAAGGAUUUUGGAUCCGAAAAGGAACUCUGGAUCCAUUUAUUCCACAGAAGUACAUAUUGACAGAAUCUGUUAGCCGCAAUUUGCGAGACCUGGCACGUAUUGUGUCUUUGGGCCAACUGCCUGUGUUGCUGCAAGGUGACACGUCAGUUGGCAAGACGAGUAUUGUGACUUACUUGGCUCAGAUAACAGGGCACCACUGUGUGCGAAUCAACAACCAUGAACACACAGAUCUGCAAGAAUAUGUGGGUUCUUAUAUUGCUGAUGCUUCUGGAUCACUAGUUUUCAGAGAGGGUGCUCUGGCAGAGGCAAUGAGACAUGGCCACUGGGUUAUAUUAGAUGAGCUGAAUUUGGCACCAACAGAUGUUCUGGAGGCUUUGAAUCGUGUUUUGGAUGACAACAGAGAGCUAUUCAUUCCUGAGACACAAGAAGUCAUAUCGGCACAUCCAAACUUCAUGUUGUUUGCAACGCAGAAUCCACCUGGUCUGUAUGGUGGGAGAAAGUUGCUGUCCAGGGCAUUUCGCAACCGGUUUGUCGAGUUACACUUUGAUAAAAUCCCGUCACACGAACUGGAAACUAUAUUAGAGAAGCGCUGUGAACUGCCUGAAUCUUACGCUCGUCGAAUGGUGAAUGUGAUGAAAGAUCUACAGGUCCACCGGAGAAGCAGUGUUGCUUUUGCUGGAAGUAAGGGAUACAUGACACUUCGAGACUUGUUUCGCUGGGGGGAGAGGUACCGACGUGCUCCUCACAGCAGUGGUUUCCAGGACUGGAAAGAAUACAUGGCUGAAGAAGGAUUUCUCGUACUGGCCUGUCGAGUUCGCUGCAAGGAGGAGGAGGAAGUGAUCUGGAAUGUAAUCACGAAACAUUUUGGCAGCUCCCCCAACCGACAAAAUCUGUUUUCAUUCACAGACAACACAUCCUUGGUUACGUCGCCAAUUCUGCAGAGAAUUAAAGCUCUUAGCAGUAAAAAUCCAGACAGUGGUAUUGUGUGGACACAUGCUAUGCGGAGAAUGGCAGUACUUGUAUAUAAAGCAUUUGAGUUCGAUGAACCAGUGCUUCUGGUGGGUGAAACUGGUUGUGGAAAGACAACUGUAGUCCAGUACCUUGCAGCUCUACAGGGUCACACUCUCUACACACUGAACUGUCACAUGCACACAGAGGGCUCUGAUUUCCUGGGAGGUCUACGUCCUGUUAGGCAUCGUAGCCAAGAUGAUCCAGACAGUCCACAGAAGUUAUUUGAAUGGGUAGAUGGCCCCCUCAUUAAGGCAAUGGAAGAAGGUUCAUGGUUUCUCUGUGAUGAAAUAUCACUUGCUGAUGACAGCGUGUUGGAGAGAUUGAACUCAUUACUAGAGCCAGAGCGAAAACUCCUGCUCUCUGAAAAAGGUAGCACAGGAUCAGUUUCUGAUGGUGCAUGUGACAGCUCUUGUAUUGUUACAGCUGCUCCAUCCUUUAAAUUUGUUGGGACAAUGAAUCCUGGUGGUGACUAUGGAAAGAAAGAGCUUUCUCCAGCUUUACGCAAUCGAUUAACGGAGAUAUGGUGUGAGUCACACUCAAAGCGGGAAGAUUUAGAACAAAUUCUAAAAGUUAAUCAGAAGGGUGGCUUGCAGUUAGAUGUCUCUGUUCUUGUUAUGGAUUUUCUCGAUUGGUUUACCAGUACAAAAAUUGGCUCAAAGUUUCGUGUAAAUGUCCGUGACCUCAUCACAUGGGUAAACUUUUACAAUGUAUGCACAUCACUGAAAGGGAUGUCUCCUGCACUUGCUUAUGUACAUGGCGCUUUCCUGACGUUUCUUGAUAGCUUUGGUUCAGGGAUCACUUCCAACGAAAGUGAAGAAAAUUUGAACAUUUUGAAAUCAGCUGCUGUGCAAUUCUUGGCAAAACAAGUGAAUAUCUCAGAAGAAAGCUUUGAGCAGCCUGCUAACAUUAUUCGGGGCAAAAAUUUAUGCAUUCGUCCAUUCUCCAUUGAGACAGGUCCGUUGCGAAAUCCUCUGAAAGGAUUUACCUUUGAUACGAAAACAACCCUAUUAAAUGCAGAGCGUGUGCUGCGAGGCCUGCAGUUGACCCGGCCUGUACUGUUGGAAGGCAGUCCAGGCGUUGGAAAGACAGCUUUAGUUGCUGCUCUGGCGUGUCUUGCCGGGCAUCACCUUGUACGCAUCAACAUAUCGGAGCAGACGGAUAUUUCAGAUUUGUUUGGAGCAGAUUUGCCAGUAGAUGGUGGAGGUGAAGGACAGUUUGCAUGGCGUGAUGGUCCCUUGCUUAGAGCUUUAAAGGAUGGGGACUGGAUACUCCUAGAUGAGUUGAAUCUAGCAUCUCAGUCUGUAUUAGAAGGCCUCAAUGCUGUAUUUGAUCAUCGUGGAGAAGCAUAUAUUCCAGAACUGGGAUGUUCGUUCAAGUUACGGCAUCAAACACGAUUAUUUGCCACACAGAACCCACAGCGCCAAGGUGGAGCUCGUAAAGGUUUACCACGAUCUUUCCUUAAUAGAUUCACACAGGUCUACAUCUCAGCUUUGACAACGGAUGAUCUUGAAGCUGUGUUGAGUGCAAAAUACCCCAAGUUAGAGCAGAACCUUAUCCGUCAGAUGGUACAGUUCAAUGAGAAAAUUCGCUAUGAGACCACAGUAUUAGGUCUGUGGGGUCAGCGAGGUGGUCCUUGGGAGCUGAACUUGAGAGAUCUUUCACGAUGGGCUAAUGCUAUAGUUGCUGGUGAAGCAUUUGACAAUCCAGGGCUGUAUCUACCACUCAUUUAUGCAUCUAGAAUGCGCACACAGCAUGACAGAAAACAGGUCUUUAGGGUGGCUGCAGAGGAAGGUUUCAUAGUGCCAACAUGCGAGUCUUCAGUGACAAUCACGACAGACAUGCUUCAUGUCGGUGAAACGACAACAGAAAGGCUGGGGCGACAGAUGAAGUUGGGGAGAAUGCGUGGUUCGCUUGAACCACAUCCCAAACGCCGCAUGCAUUUACAACUGGCGGCAUCGACGUCUGGUCCUUUCUCGAGGGAUCCAGUGGUUCUGAGGAGCUUGCAGCCAGCUCUGCAUUCACUUCUCCGGUGCCUUAGUCUGAAAUGGAUGCCUAUAUUAGUUGGACCUUCCGGCUCUGGGAAGACUAUGCUUGUCAAACUAGCAGCACAACUGGCAGGACGUGAGCUGCGCGUACUUUCAUUCAAUUCUGCUAUGGACACAAUGGAAAUUUUGGGAGGAUUCGAGCAGGUUGACCACUGGCGAAGACUGUCAGAUAUUUCAAGAGAAGUUGAGUGGAUAGUCUAUGCUUUUGUACGUUCAUUGCUGCUGCAAAAUGAGUGGCAUGGAUUGUCAAUUCUGCAGGAAUGGCAUGCUUUCUGCCAAAAUGCUACUGCCUACUCCUAA